AUGGCGGUAUCAGAUCACCCGCUUUCCCAGCGUCCUCCACACCUGCGACAAGAGCUAACGCUGAGAUUUGGGAUGGUCUUCGUUACCUGUGGGCUGAAAUCGAACAUACGCUAUGAAUCGGAAGACUCUCAUUUUGAAGUUGAAGCUGAUGGCUCUGUCGUAGUAAAAGAUCAUCUAAAACUUCAUGGACACAAAGAGUUCAGUGUUCUGGCAUUGGAGGGUAACAAUGUUUUAUCUGAAACCACCGUGACACUGAGAAAACAACAUCCUCAUCACAAACAGGCUGAACAUUCACAUCCCUCCCAGUCUGUACGUGAGCUUAGGAGACAAAAGAGAGACUGGGUCAUUCCACCGAUUUCAUGCUCUGAAAAUGAAAGAGGCCCAUUUCCCAAAAGGCUCAUUCAGGUCAAAUCCAGUAGGGCAACCGAGACUACCGUGUACUACAGCAUCACAGGCCAAGGGGCCGACUCUCAACCCAUAGGGACUUUCGCCAUGGAGAGGAAUACUGGCUGGCUUAACGUGACUCGGCAACUGGACAGAGAGACUAUACCCACAUACAAGCUCUUGGUCUAUGCCGUAGCCUCAAAUGGGCAAAAAGUGGAGAACCCGAUUGACAUUCUUAUCAAAGUGACAGAUCAGAAUGACAAUCGUCCAAUUUUCACACAACAAGUGUUUGAUGGCACCGUAGUCGAGGGGUCCAAACCAGGGACUCCUGUCAUGAAUGUCUCAGCAACAGAUUUAGAUGACACCGAAGACACCAAUAAUGGCAUUAUCGCGUACUCCAUCGUAGAUCAAGAUCCUCUAUUGCCAAACCAGAUGUUCACUAUCGAUCAAGUCAGCGGACUGAUCAGCGUUUUGACUUCUGGAUUAGAUCGCGAGCUGUAUCCCGUGUAUACUUUGACCCUCAAAGCAAUCGAUCAGGAAGGUGCAGGAUACGAAGCCACCGGCAAAGCUGUAAUCACUGUAACAGAUGCCAAUGACAAUGCUCCGGUUUUUGACCCCAUUACGUAUUUAGAAAAGGUCCCUGAGAAUAAAGAGGGGUACGAGGUUGCACUGCUGACAGUCACAGAUGAUGACACCCCCAACACCGAUGCCUGGACGGCCGUGUUUAAGAUUGUUAAAGGCAAUGAAGGAAAUCUUUUCGGCAUAACUACAACUCCAGAUAACAUGGGUCAACUAAAAACCGUUAAGGCACUGGACUUUGAGGCGAAGAGACAACACAUUCUGUUGAUAGUGGCCACCAACAAAGCCAACUUUUCUGUACCAGUAAUAACCUCUACCGCCACAGUCACGGUGGAUGUGGAGGAUGUGAAUGAGCCUCCGAUGUUUGUGCCGCCAGUGAAGGAUGUCAAUAUCCCAGAGGAUCUUCCAAGUGGCCAAGAGGUGGCUUCCUACACAGCUCAGGACCCAGACAAGGCACAGAAUCAAAAGAUAACUUAUUACAUCGGCAACGACCCAGCUGGGUGGCUCACAGUAAAUCCAGAGAAUGGAAUUAUCACAGGAAAUGGACAAUUAGAUCGAGAGUCCAUAUUUGUCAAGAACAACACUUACAGGGCCAUCAUCUUAGCUGUGGACAAUGGUUCACCCGCUACAACCGGGACAGGCACCCUUCAGAUCAUUCUUGGAGAUGUGAAUGACAAUGGGCCGUAUUUGGAAUACCAAGAAGUUAUAUAUUGCCAGAAGAGUCCAGACCCCCUAUCUAUCAAUAUCAUUGACAGAGAUCUGCCCCCGUUUCAAGACCCAUACAAGGCACAACUGACACGCGAAGCGCGUGAAAACUGGACAGCCAGUGUGGUAAAUACUAAAUUUGAGAUUAAGGCGAACAGGGAGAUGGCUGAAGAUGUCUAUCAGGUGCCCGUCACCCUUGCCGACAGCCAGGAUAAGACGAACAUAACUGUGUUGAAGAUACAAGUGUGCCAGUGCACAGCCGAAAAUAACAACUGUGACACUCCGAAAGCAUUGGCUGGAGGCCUGGGCAUCCCUGUCAUCCUUGGCAUCCUGGGGGGUAUCCUGGCACUUCUGAUACUCCUAUUGCUGCUUCUGCUGUUUGUGAGGAAGAGGAAGGUGGUGAAGGAGCCAUUACUGCCUCCUGAAGAUGAAACGCGGGAUAACGUCUACUUCUAUGAUGAAGAAGGUGGCGGAGAGGAAGAUCAGGAUUUUGACCUUGGCCAGCUUCACCGUGGUCUCGAUGCCCGCCCUGACGUCAUUCGUAAUGAUGUUGCACCAACAUUUAUGCCCGCUCCUCAGUACCGGCCAAGACCAGCCAAUCCCGAUGAGAUCGGAAACUUUAUCGAUGAGAAUCUGAACGCGGCUGACAAUGACCCCACCGCCCCACCGUACGACUCACUACUGGUGUUCGACUACGAAGGCAGCGGGUCGGACGCCGCCUCUCUCAGCUCCUUGAACUCCUCCAACUCUGACGCCGAUCAGGAUUACAGCGGUCUGAACGACUGGGGGCCACGUUUCAGAAAGUUGGCAGACAUGUACGGAGGAGAUGAGGAUUAAUCUGCGCACUGAAUCCCCUUUAAGAACUGCAGGAACUGUCAGUGCAUGCCAUCCAAUAGCACUGUGUACAUAGCCAGUAUGGAGGACCAUCAGUUAUGCUUCUCAGUUUUCCCAUCAAUGAACUUCAGCUUAACUCUGUGGGUGCGAAAUUCCAAGACCAAGUCGUCUUUUGCGGUGACUUUAGAAGUGGCUUUCUCUGCUGGAGGAAAUGAAAAUCAUUAUUAUUGUCAUUUUGUGUAGAUUGCGCUUUUUAAAGCAGACCUGUCACGCAAAAUGCUUACACCCAGACACUCGAUAAAAU